UUUCUGCUCUGCAGGACUGAGCAGUGAGACAAGAGCUAAAACAAACAGCUGUGACUGAGAGAGCCAGCCAAAGCUCGGAAGAAACAGAAAACCCUAUCCAUAUUGCCCCCCCCCCACUAUCCACCCUCUUCUUUCCUUCCCUCCCUCCCCAACUCCUUCUACCCCCCCACCCCCACUUACCCUAACCUACCAAGCCACAUCUUUAGUUUACUCCCGGCUCGCAGCACUGGGCUUUUCAACAUGAGAAGGAUCCGCGCUAAUGCCAUCGCAAUCCUGACGGUCGCCUGGAUCUUGGGCACUUUCUAUUACUUAUGGCAGGACAACAGAUCCCAUUCAGCAUCCUCCAGCCGAUCUCCUAGCAUCGGCGGAGGUGGCAGGAACGGACAGAGACCAGCUGGUAGGCUGGAACUCCACAGAGAAGACCGGACUAUUCCCCUCAUUGUCACCAAAAUCCCUACAAGAGGCUUUGAUGAGAAAGCAUACCUAGCCUCCAAGCUGCUCAAGGCUGGAGAGGAUCCCUACAGGCAACAUGCCUUCAACCAGCUGGAGAGUGACAAGCUAAGCAGUGACCGCCCCAUCCGGGACACCCGCCAUUACAGAUGUACAUCUGUCCACUAUGCCUCAGACCUACCGGCUACCAGCAUUGUUAUUACUUUUCAUAAUGAAGCCCGAUCUACCCUUCUGAGAACAGUGAAGAGUGUUCUGAAUCGCACCCCUGCCAACCUGAUCCAGGAGAUCAUUUUAGUGGAUGACUUUAGUUCUGAUCCUGAAGACUGCCUGCUCCUGACCAGGAUCCCCAAAAUCAAAUGUCUACGCAAUGAUCGGCGUGAAGGGUUGAUCCGUUCCCGUGUUCGAGGGGCAGAGGUGGCAACAGCAGAUAUCCUUACCUUCCUGGACAGCCACUGUGAGGUAAACAGUGAGUGGCUUCAGCCCAUGCUUCAGAGAGUGAAGGAGGACUACACACGGGUGGUCAGCCCCAUCAUUGAUGUCAUCAGCCUGGAUAACUUUGCAUACCUGGCAGCAUCUGCUGACCUUCGGGGAGGAUUUGACUGGAGUCUUCAUUUCAAAUGGGAGCAAAUUCCUAUAGAGCAGAAGAUGUCCCGAACAGAUCCCACCCAGCCAAUUCGAACACCCGUCAUAGCUGGAGGGAUCUUUGUGAUUGACAAGUCCUGGUUUAACCACUUGGGAAAAUACGAUACUCAGAUGGACAUCUGGGGUGGGGAGAAUUUUGAGCUCUCUUUCCGGGUGUGGAUGUGUGGUGGCAGCUUAGAGAUUGUCCCCUGCAGCCGAGUGGGCCAUGUCUUCAGGAAGCGACACCCAUAUGACUUCCCUGAGGGUAAUGCCCUCACAUACAUAAAGAAUACCAAGCGCACUGCAGAGGUUUGGAUGGACGAAUACAAACAAUAUUACUAUGAAGCCCGGCCAUCUGCCAUUGGAAAAUCCUUCGGCAGUAUAGCUGACCGAGAAGAGCAGAGGAAGAAGAUGAACUGCAAGUCCUUCCAGUGGUACCUGGAGAAUGUCUAUCCAGAGCUCAAGAUCCCUGAAAAAGAGGUGAUUCCUGGGAUCAUUAAGCAAGGAACAAAUUGCUUGGAGUCUCAGGGUCAGGACACAGCAGGAAACAAUCUGGUUGUUAUGGGGGGCUGCAAAGGGACUUCAAAUAAUCCUCUCAUGACCCAGGAGUGGGUAUUCAGUGAUCCUGUUAUCAGGCAACAAGACAAGUGUCUCUCCAUCACAUCUUUUUCCACAGGGUCCCAAGUCACUUUGGAGGUCUGCAAUCAGAAAGAUGAUAGACAGAAAUGGAAGAUGAAAGGUUCUUUUAUCCAGCACUUUGUCAGUGGCCUCUGUUUGGAGAACCAACCCCCACAGGUGGUGACUGGACUAUGCCAAGUGGAUUCACCUGCCCAACAGUGGGAACUAAUACAAACUACAUGAUGGUAGCCCCAAGGACCUCAUCAUUCCUUUUUUGCAUGAGACUUUGGGGCUGGAAUGGGGUUAGGGUGGGGGAGUGUCAAACUGGGCUGUUUUCAUCUUGUCAAUGUUUCUGUUGGGAUCAUUAACAAACAUCACCACCAUGUUAAGUGUUUUUUCAAAGCUCAUGUUGGGGGGAGGAGGGAGGCAGUGGUACAUCCACGGACUCCCUUCCCCUACCAGUUCUACCUGUACUCCUAGCCUUACUUACGGUAAUGGAAAUGGUACAGACUUUGGACUGUGACUCAAAGAUUGGGCAGAGUUGGGGGUGGUACUUUGCCCUUUUCUUAUUUCCCAUCCCUAUAAACAUCCCUGACCCCUGUGUCCCCAAGCCUAGUUUACCCACAAGGAGGGACAAUGGCUUGUUUGUGAACAUGUGGAUGAUGUUGUUGUGUGGGGACAGGAAGGUCUAAUUCCUUCUCUAUGGCGUAGCUGGCUCCUAACUGGGGUCCUAGGCUACAGAAAGAUUAUGAAGUAAUGGAAUGGGAGGGGUGGAAGAGAACCAUGAUAUGGGAAAGAAAUGACUAAAAAAUGGGAUAACCAUCAGAAGAGAUGGGUAAAGGAUGAGGGAAAAGCCCAGAAUCUACACAGAAGAAAUCCCAGAAUCACAUGUAUGUGUAUGAAAUGAAUGUAUAAAAUGUAUGAAAAUGCAAUCCGAGAAGCCAGAAAAAUGAUUAAGUUGCUGAAAGGAGUAAAAUAGACAAAAGAUAAAAUCCUUUCCUUUAAGGUAGUUACUCCCUUGUCAAUACCUUCCUGGAUCUUCUGAGUUGAGAGCUUCUAAUAGAACUUUGGUGUUUAAAUUUCUGUCAGGUUAAAAAAGGCCUUUUAGUAAGAAGGCUUGGAAGGCCAGUUUGUUAAAUUGUUCUUGGUGAUUCUUCCUUUAGGACUUGGACAAUUUCCUCUUGGUAUUAAUUUUUUAACCCCAAUUUCCUAUGCUGGAAUCCUCUAGGACAGUGGUCUCCAAAUUUUUUUAAUCUCGCAUCCUUUUAAGUUUAAAAAAGAAAAACAAUAACCUUUUUUAAAAAAUAAAAUGGUAGUUAUUCUAGGGGGAGGAGACAGUUUCCAAUGGAAUCUAUGCAGCAACUACUUUGGAUACCAAGUGAUAGUUAAAUUAUAAUUGCUCUGAGGGGCUGAUGCUAUACUAUGAAGAGUGAAGGGCAAGUGUGGUUGUGUUAGAGACAAGCCCCACAUUUGGCUAUCAUGAGGAAGAUGAGAUCUGACCCACCUUCCUACCAUUGGUUGGCCAAAGUCAAGCCCUCCCCUGUCCCCAGCUCCUUUGGGAUAAUGCCAUGCACACCCCAGGGUCCACACCCCACUUUGGAGACACUCUUGAAAGAAGCUGGACUCUGAAAAAAUUUAAAUGACUACUAACAUAUGCAUUCUAGCUCUCCUCCCUACCCAGCACUUUCCCCCAUUCUCCGACUAUGACUUGUGCCUUCUGAAAGGUCAUAUUUCUUUAUAAGGAGGAUGUUAUCUUGGAGUAGAAGGAAUGGGGCUCCUUUGCACGGUAUGAAUAAUAACUGUCUCCUUCCAGAAGGCCCAAGGCUACUCCAAGCCCUGCUGUUAUUGAAGGAAUGAUAUAGAAGAGCCAGUCUUGGGAGCUCUGGUUGAGAAAAGAAGCUCCCACUUCCUUCCCUCCUCUACACGUUGGCCUCCUUGUAGAGUUCCUCCUUCCCCUUUGCCAGGAGGGUAUAUCCUUAGGGGAUCUCUCUGGUGGCCAAAGAUUGUGUGUCUACUUUCUAGUCUCCCAUGAUUCUCUUGGAACCAAUCUCCAUAUAGCUGUCUUCCUUCUGGUCUUAGGUAUUACCCAGGUACUACAAGGGCCUGCAAAACAAAACAAAUAAACAUUAGCUCUGUCCAGCUCUGGACCUUUCUAGAUAGAAAACACAAGCUCUUUUUGAAGUACCCUCAUUUUACUUUCUUCUUGAUGUCUAUAGCAUACUGAGUUAUCACAUCUACUCCCUGUAUCAUUCAUCAUCCAAAGGUUCUCUGAGAGCAAAUAUCUGUAAUUAUAUGAAGGAAUGUCUCAACAAAUCUUUCUUUUUCUGAACUAUCACUUUCAAGGAUAUUUCCCAACUUUAGGGGAAUGUUGUCAGUGUCCUCUCAUAUUUAUGUUACAGGAAUGUCUUCCCAGCCACUGCUAGAGAGUGGUCUAACUGCAUUAGUCCCAUACCUCUCAGAUAGCAGUAUGGUGUGUUUACCCAUGGACCCAGUGUCAAAUGUUGCUUCAUCCAUCCUUGUCCCUCCAGGUGAAUUAACACCACCCAAUCCAGUCUAAACCAAUCCAAGUUCAUUCAACAAACAUGCAUCAUGCCCCUACUAAGUGCUCUCAACACAAUGAACAGCCUUCAUUUGAUUUGGACUACAGGUUUAGUAUAAAAAUGAAUAAAGUUCUGAAGCAUUUCAGGUUAGGUUGUAGGAGUAAACAGUCCUUAGGUAGAGUUUGGAUUGAUGUGAUGAGAAAAUAAUUCUAUCCAAUGGGUUGACUCCAAGGGUCCCAAAUUUGUUCCCACCAAACAUAUCCGAAGGCUCAGAGCCACUUUGUUUCCAUUCUUCUUGAGCAAAGCAUGUGCUACUUAGCUGUCCUUGGGGAACUUGUCUCUAUGAACAUCUGGAAUAAAACCCUCUCAAAUAUAUGUGUGCACCACCUUCCUUGGCUCCCUAUUGCCCUGGCCAGGAAUAUCUGACAUUGGUUGGCAGUUAGUUGCUUCUUGCCCUUAUGUCCCUCACUGAUACCCCAAUGCCUCUGGGAGGGGUUCCUAUAGUGUUUUACAAAUGACAUUAUUGAUUGUUACAUAAUUCCUGGAAUCCAGUGGUACAGAGAAGGUUUGAGAAUAACAAUGAUGACAAUGAUAAUAAAUGAUUCCUUGCAACAACUA